AUGGCUCGAGCGCUGCCGAAGAGCAACGGAGAGCUCUCAGCCCCCUCUGCCUUCGAUUGCGCGAAGCUAGGACUGCUUCCGGAGCUACAAGAGCUCGUGCAGCAGGAUUUCGACGUCAAUGCCUACGAUGAAACCUCGAACGCUACGUUACUGCAUCAUGCUGCUAUCAGUGGCAAAAUGGGCGUUAUGGAGUUUUUACUAGGAAAUGAAGAAUUAAGGGCCAAAGUGAAUGUGGACGCUCUGGGUGGGGAGAUGAAUACGACGCCACUGUUCUGGGCAGCUUCCCAUAACCAAAUCUACGCGGUAGAACUACUGCUACGUCAUGGAGCCGACCCAAACUUCAGAGAUGAGCUUGGAUUUACGCCGUUUUUAGUGGCAAUUCAACGCUGUUUCCCCAUUACGGCAGCGUAUUUGGUGGCCAAGGACUCGGAUAUAAACCAACGGAUGCAAGAUGGGGGCCAGAAGACAGCGCUGAUGCUGCUUUGCCAGCCCCAACAGUUCCACUUGGACACGUUCCGUAUGGUACUGAGUCUACAGGCAACUAUUAACGUGCAAGAUUCCGACGGAAACACUGCUCUCCAUCACGCAGUCAUGAACAACAUUCCUAUGGCUGUGCGGAUGCUGCUUGAC